GCCUCCCCGGGCCAAACCUCCAACGUCGCCAACCCGCAAUCCAGCAGCCCGGAAUCGCAAUCCAUCAACGUCGCCCGCGGCAAGCAGGCGCGCCACGCCGACACCCCCGACAGGGCGUCGGUGCAGUCGCCCAUCUCGUCGCAGUUCGGGCCGACGAGCGAGGCCCACGAGGGCGAGGAGCAGACCUCCGCGGACGCGCAGAUCAAGAAUCACCCUGGGGAGUCGGAGGCGACCAAGCGGCGGAAUGUGGAGAGGGCGGGGGAACGGCCUUUAGGGGCGGAGGAUCGGCAGUAA